UUGAGCUUCUUUUGAGGGUCCAUAAUUGGCUCAACCCCGUUUAUCAGAUCAUUGAGGCUCUUCAGAACCAAGGGUGAUCAGUCACGAGGUACUCACCGAUUGAGCUCAGGCUCUUAUAUGACGCAGAUCAUUGAGGCCGAAAGGAAAACCCAACGGGUAAAACGGUCUCGAACAUUGCCACCACCUGGACUGGUAUUGGCAGCCCAGACACAAUCAACAUCCUCUUAUCUGUUGCGCUUGCCGGCAUUGGAGAGUAGAGGUUGCCACGCUAUUAGUACUGGUCACCCGCAUUACAAACCACUGUUUACACAUCUUUCGUCUGGAGCGCAAUAAUGUCGCGAGUUGAGAAGGAAGAGCUGCCGCCAUCGUAUACAGAAGUGCCAAACUUCUCCCGGCCAAAUGCACAUCGAGGCCAGCAAAUUCUUGACCAGUUGACCCUCACACGCGCACACCAUAUUCAAUCCGUCAUCGACAGCCACAUUAUCCCGCUCGUCGAGGAGCGUGCCUCAUAUGGCAUCGCGCAGACAACAAUCGCCAUGCUGCCAUCAGACAUUCCACUCCCUGCAGAGCAAGAGAAAUCCGAGUUCAGCUUCGACACGGACACAUCCAAGGCUGUGGGGGUACUCGGCUUUGCAUCUGAAGAGGAGCCAAAUGUGGUCCGGCUUGAAGGGCAGAUGAAUCGCACGGAGUUUUGGAGAGUUCAAGCGAUCAUCGUGGAGCUAGAAAGGGUGUUGAGGGACUCACUGAAUGCGAGUCCGCAGCUGAGGAGUCCAACCAGGGAGAGAAGCGAAUUCGAGGCGCCACACAAGCAGAAAAGAAACUUCUUUGCAAAGUUCGUUGGCAGAGGCGAGGAGGAACAUUCUGCGAGUGGGAGUCCCGAGGUCGGCAUCAAGAAGAUGGAGGAGACGGGGCUGGUGUUGGUAAAGGCCAGAUUGGAGGAGAUAUCGCUUCGGACGUUGAGUGAUUUUGGACUGUACGACACCAUGUCAAAACAAUGUGUAAUCAUCAGGAUCGAUGCGAGGUGUUGAGUGGAGGAUCACACCGCUAUAUAACUACGGGUUGUGAGCCAUUUCACAGUAUGUUUUAUGUAGAGUGCGGGCUAGCUGAUUCGUGUGUGAUUUGCUGGAUUGUCGCUGGAUAUGUUCUCUUACUAUCGUAAUUGAUGCAACAUAACCCAGCAGGCCGAAGCCAAACGCGCAGACUGGUAGUAUGCAAUUGAUCUUGUCGAAAGCAAGCGAAUCAGCCGCCAUGGUCGAGGUUUCGAUCGCGUGCUUGGAA